CUACGACGACAGAGGGGGUUUACACCAAUGCGCGCACCGGGGCUGAGCUUACUGCAGUGACGCACUGAGCUCACUCAGCCAGCUCACUGUUUGGCUUUUUUCAGAGAGAGGGGCGGGGGGACCUCCCGGCGUUGUGGUUUUUAUCCAUUCCCAAAGCAUUUUUUUAAUUUGACCGACCAACUCAGUCCACUCCAGCUGACGAUGCUCCUAUCUGAGCACUGAUUUCAACUCUAUUUAUUCACCAAACCAAUCUUAUGCACAUAGAAGAAUACAUUGAAGAAGAUGAGGAACCACCUUUGCUGCUCAGCUCUUGUCCUACUCACGGUGUUCGGCUGUGGUGGGACUGCAGCAGUGCAGUGUCGGUGGGGAGUAGGGUGCAUGUGUCUGCAGUGCCCUGCAGGCCAGGAGCCUACCAAGGCUUGUGAACAGGUCCAGAGUCCAACAGAGGAAGUGCAAUGCCACCCAUGCCUGACUGGAACUUUUUCAGACACGUUCGACUCUGAACUGUGCCACCCGCACUCCUCCUGUGAGUUCCUCAGCCGACAGGUUGCAACUCCUGGCACUGUGACUUCAGAUGCCAUCUGUGGCGACUGUCUACCCGGGUUUCAGCCCACUGCUGCAGGGGAGCUUUCUACCCAGACUCUCUGUGUAAAAAUAGCUGUGCUCGUCAGGACUGUUCGCACAGUGAGUGAAGCUCCUUCCAGUGGUGCAGGAGGGCCAGUUAAUGGCACAAGAGUUAGCAGCGCUGCGGAAGACACAGCAGAGUAUGCUGUGUUUGCUUUGGUUCCCGUCUUCUGUGUGAUGGGCCUGCUGGGUAUCCUUAUCUGCAACAUCCUGAAGAAGAAAGGAUAUCACUGCACUGCUGAGAAGGAGGGCAGAGAUGAAGAGAUGGCCACGCCACAGAAAGAAGGUAGCAGUUGUCCCUAUAUAUCCGACGACCUGAAUGAAGACACCAUCAGUAUUCUCGUUCACCUCAUCACUGAGAAAAAAGAAAAUGCUGCUGCACUGGAGGAACUGCUGCUAGAGUAUGAGAGCAAGCAGAUGGCCGCAAGCAAAGGCUCAUCAAUCAAGUUCCCGAUGCUGUCUCCAUUCCGCUCCCUCCCCAGGCUCUGUUCCCAUCACUCCCAUCUCCACACUAUCUCUGGCUUGUCGGGUCUGGCCCCAAAACACGGCUAUCGCUGCUCCCGCUGUGCCCAGAGGAAGUGGCCCCCUCUUCUCAUUCCUCCUCUGGAUUCCCUCAAAGAUCCCCUGAAGCCCCCCCAGGCCCUUAUUCUGCCCUCCCUGGGCGCAUCUACUGACCCCCUGCUGGGGGCAGUGUGUGUCGACACCCACCAUACACAAGCUGUUGUGCCAAAUACUGUACAAGAAAAAGUGGAAGGUAAAGAAGUCAAGGAGAAGAAGAACGGAGAGCUGACCGUGUUGUCUGUGGGGAGAUUUCAGGUUUCGCAGAUCCCUGAGCAGAAGCCUGCCACUGUGGAAACUAAGACAUCAUCCCAGGAGCAGAGGAACUCCCUGCCUAGCAGGAAACAUUGCUCCUCCUCUUAAUCAUCUGGCAACAGAAGGUGAAGAGAUGAAGAGAAACAGUAUGAUAAUGCUACCUCGCUGAGUUAAACCUCAUAGUCUGCCGAUGCUGUGACUGGUGGCAGGGUGUGUGUUUUUACAUGGCCAACACCAAGAAACCACAAGAGCAGCCUCCUGCUGGAAGAGGUUGUACAUGAUAAGAGGAAUAUAACUGUAUUUAUUAUGACAUAAAAGAUUAUUGUAUUUCACAGAUGUAUUUGAGUUACCAUCACAGAACUGAUAUCACAGGUGCUUUGUUGUCCUACGUCACACUGAGACAGGGCAGAGAGAUUUAUGUGUAGCUUUAAAAUGAACAAUUAUCACAAUCUGACACUUGAUAAGAUGAGAUGGAGAACAUGAAUUUUUGAUGCAUCCUUGUAUUUGUGCUUCCUUGUAAAUGAAACACACAGCCUGACAUAUACACUACAUGUAGACAGGCACAUCUGCAUGAACUCACACUGGACACUGUGGAUUAGAUAACUGACAAAAACAUUAAACUCAAACAACAGUGAGUAUAAACCAAACUCUCGCUUAUAAAUGUGUAUGUUUUGUUUAAAAAAAGGGAAACAUCAAGCCAAGUUGUCUGUAACGAGGUGCCAUGUGAACUAAGUCUGUGAAGGUUUUCAUUACCAACAGCUAAUCUGGCAUGGUUUUGGGUCAUGAGGCACUUGGUUAAAGACUAGUAGCACUACAAUAAGUAUUAUUUAAAAAAAAAAAGUUAUACAAUUCAAUAUAACUUUGAUAUUUGAAAUAUUUUUAUAAGUGAUUUAGCUCCUCUUGUUUCUGCUCCCAUAGAAACUGAAGGUGAAUUUAGAUUUCAGACCUUGAAGAUGUUGAAUGUAGUUUUAACAGAAGAAGCUCACUGCAGGUACCAAGUAUGUUUGAGCUGAACCUUUGUUUGAAAAGCAUCAAGCCAGCUAUGGACACCUACCCACAGUCAGUACUAACAACACUUAAAGCUGUUAGACUAGAUCCAAGUAGGUGAUCAGGGGCCAAAUGUUGUUUUACAGGGGCCCUUUAUUUAGUGUGUCACAGCAUUUUUAACAACACUACAGUUUGGGGCUGUGAUUGCCAUGUGAUUCCUGGGGUGGAAAAUUUUAAUGGGUAGUUAUCACUUUUGUAGAAUAGAACAUGUAAAUGCAUGUGCAUAUGUAAAUAUGGGUGGGUAUACAGAAACAGACCUUACCUGGCUUUUAUAGUUUUAGCAUACAGUAUGCAUGAGGUGGUAGAUCGCCUGUGUGCUGCACCAGCGAUUGACAUACAAUCAACAACUGGCAAACUCUGACACACACAUUCAAGCUGAAAUGCUGGCUAUAAUUGACAUGAUAUAUAUGAUUUUUCAUCAUUUGCAUGCAACAUUUCAAUAUUUUUCUUUUUCAAACUGUUAUGGUCUUCCAAUCCAGUCCUAAACACAAGCACAUACACAGUUGUGUUCACUUGAUGAAACCGCUACCGCAUAAACAUACACACAUAAUCAUUUUAUAUACUAUAAUUGAAUUAAUAAACCAGUGGCUGUAGAGGAUUAGUGGUUGAGAUGCCAAAGUCAUGGAGCUCAGUUGGCUUUAGUUUCUAUUGUC